AUGAAAGUCAGCGCUCCAGACAAAGGGUAUCAUGAGAUCCGUACAGGAACGCAGGAAUUCAUGGCCGUCGAGGUAGAAGGCAUGAAAUAUUACUUCAAUGGGACGAAGACGAAGACUGUCCUUGACACGUCAAAACUUUCAGCUCGGCAAGAACGCGACAUGCUUCAAUCAGGCGAAUUAGCUGACGAUAUUAAACCUGUGACAAAUGCAGCUCUCGAAAAUGCGGUGUUUCGAUACAAUCCCCUCCACGAUCUCGAAUCCCUUUGGUGGCUCGCGGCUUAUUUCAUUUUCAACAGAGCUGUCAUCCUCGUCGGCGGAAAGAUGCCGCCCAUGGGCGCUGCCGAGCUAGGAAACUACGAAGAACAACGCAUGUGUGCAGUGGAAAUGUUCUACUCAAGCCAUUACAGGCACACACUCAUGACGAGCGAGGAUACAUUUCCAGCAUGGAUCCCUCGCCUACAUGGGGCUGUCCGGCCAAUAGCAAGUACCCUGAAGCACAUGCGGGAGCAGCUAGAGGUGCGCUACAGAGAAGUGGAGUUCGACGCCACAUCCAUGGCUAUGAUUGAUCACACUGUCGCGGUUAAUGUUGCUGCUUUCUUCAUGCGUCGCAUAGGGGACGCCCUGCAGUACACUAAGGUCGAGGAUAUCGAGGUGGGUGCCCUCGAUGUUGACCCACGGGCAGCAAUCGCCCUUCCGCUGCAUGACUACACAGCUCGUGAGGUGCAGGUGCUUGCCUUGGUAGGCUCUCCUGCAUCGAAGGCGAUCGGAAAACGAAUCAUGAUCGAAGAAGCCUCGAAUGGUGACCAGCUGGAUGAUGACCUUGUGCUCAUGGGACCCAUGAGUAAGCCUGACUUUGGACGACAGCUCACGCGACGGGAAAGAAAUAAUCGAUCUCAAGACUCCAUGAGUCCUACUCCCAGUUCGUCCUCAGAAACAGCCUCUAGGGAUCCAACUACCUCCAAGGCCAAGGACAAAUAGAAGUCAAAGCCGAAGCGCAACUUGAAGACGAUUUUAAAUUAGGCUGCGCUAUGAUAGAGGUCGUACUUUAGGACUCGAUCCGCAUGCAUUUUUCUCGCAUUCUGUCACAUAUACUGCAUCUUGCUCCUACUGAGCAAUUCUUCUUCAUAAAACAAAAAUGCUUGGUUGAUCG